GCCCGGGAAGUCCCCGGCGGCGGCGAGCGGAGCGCGGCCGAGCGAAGCGGCUUUCGCUUUCCCUCCGCCCGCAGACCGACCGAGACCCCCCCGACCCGGCCCCCGCCGCCAUGGCCACCCUCAGGGUCAACCCGGAGGCCCAAGCAAAGGUGGAUUCGUUCCGGGAAGAUCUGUGCUCCCAGGCGGAGAUCCUGCUGGGCAGCUACUUCCCCAAGAAGAUUGCGGAGCUGGACGCUUUCCUGAAGGAUCCCUCCCUGAAUGAGGCUGACCUGAGCCUGCUGAGGGCCCCGCUGGACAUCCCGCUGCCAGACCCGGCCAAGGAGAAAGAGAAGGAGGAGCGAAGGAAGCAGGAAGAGAAGGACAAGGACGGGAAGAAGAAGGACGACGAAGACAAAGAACCCCCCUGCGGGCCCGUGAGCUGCAACGAGAAGAUCGUGGUGCUGCUGGGGCGGCUGAAGCCCGAGAUCAGGGACGUCAAGGAGCAGCUCAAUCUGGUCUCCAUGUGGUUACAGCUGCAGGUGCCCCGGAUCGAAGACGGAAACAACUUUGGCGUUGCCGUUCAGGAGAAAGUGUUCGAGCUGAUGACUGCACUGCGAACCAAGUUGGACGGCUUCCACACCCAGAUCUCCAAGUAUUUCUCGGAGCGAGGAGAUGCGGUGGCCAAGGCGGCGAAGCAGCCUCACGUGGGCGACUACCGGCAGCUGGUGCACGAGCUGGACGAGGCCCAGUACGGGGAGACGCGGCUGAUGGCCAUGGAGAUCCGCAACACCUACGCCGUUCUCUACGACAUCAUCCUGAAGAACUUCGAGAAGAUAAAGAAGCCCCGGGGAGACGCCAAGGGAAUGAUCUACUGAAGCGACCCCCCCCCCCCCCCCCGCCCACGCCGGCCGUUUCCCUCUCCCGCCGGCCCCGGGCGGCAGGAGGACGGACGGAGCAUCCGGCCCCUCCCCUCGGGCCUGACCGGAGCCGCGACGACCGGUCCGGCCGCGGCUCCGUCCCCCCCGCGCCUCGUCCGCCCUCCCGUCCUGGGCCUUCCGGC